UUCUCUCUCUCUUCCUAUUUCACCAUCACCACAAAAAAAAAAUCAAAAUUUUAUAAAAUUAUUUUAAAAAAUCAUCAUACGAAAAAAAAAUUUGUGAGUCUACAGCUGCCUAGUAGCUUAGUGUAUGUCAAGUUUUGGUGAUAACAAAACUACUCAAUUUGGAACAAGAAGAUUAGUUUUCUCAAAAGAUGGCGCAUUUGGAUGGAUCGUCAUCCGCUAUAGCACCGGCGGGCCCGCCACGGUCACCGUGGCACUCACCGGUGCCGUAUUUAUUCGGGGGAUUAGCAGCCAUGUUAGGGCUAAUUGCAUUUGCACUACUAAUUUUAGCUUGUUCUUAUUGGAAACUUAGUGGUAAUCUUGAAGAAAAUCAAGAAGGUGAUAUUGAAGAAGGAAAUAAUAAUAGUAAUGGUAACGGUGAUGAUGGUAAAAUGAUGGAACCACCAAUUCUUGAAGAGAAAUUUUUGGUGAUUAUGGCUGGACAAUUGAAGCCAACUUAUAUUGCUACACCUAGUUUGUCUAGUAGAGCUUCUUCUUUUGGUAGCAGUAGCAGUUGUACCGCGAGCAGUGAGAGUAGUACGGAGAAAUCCGAGGCUGAAGAGAAGGAGGAAGGAAAUGAUGUGUCUGGUUCAAUUCUUGAAAAUAGGAACACAACGCUUAUAGGAGACAGAGAAAUGGUGGAUGGAAAUGAUGUUUCGAGUUCGACUUCAGAAAAUAAUGAAAAAGCAUUUACGGGAAAUGAUUCUGUGGUUAACGUGACACAAAUGCGAAUUAAUUGAAUUAGUGGAUUCCGAGUUGGAAGAGCAUGGUAAGCUUGAUGAGCCAUGACAGCUCAAAUUAGGUCCUUUAGUUUCAAAUAGAAAAAGUAAAAAAAAAUGCUUUUUUUUCCAACUUUUUCCCCCUUCUGUGGGAAUUUCCGGAAAUGUAAAUAUUUUUUGGAGAAUGAUUUGGGAAAACUUUAUAUA